UAUUUUUUUCUCGAUGCAUCCACUAAUUCGUUUGAGGCAAAAUUAGUAGGAGAAAGUGAGCUUAAAUAAAUUUAAAAUGCCCCAAAUUGUUUGAAGGAAAAUCAAAGAUACUUGUAGUAAAUUUAAAAAGUCGAGCUGCUUCUUUCCAUCUUGAUCUCAAUCUUCUCACUUCCGUCUUUCGCUCGAUUCUCUCUACCUUCUCCUGCUUCGUGGAUCUGCUUUUACAUGCUUGAAGCUGUUUUCGGGUUACGUCAAUCGGUUUAGGGUUAGGGUUUGGGGUUAAUUUCUCGGUGUAACAAUUUUUUUUUAAUUUUCUUUUGGAUUGCAAUUUGAUUUUGUUGUAAUUAUUUGAAUUUUCAAAUUUUGACCAAGAUUCGAUAUUGUAUUACUGUAAUGAAAAAGAUUGUAUGUAUGUAAAAUUAGGGUUAGGGUUUUGAAUUUUGAUACAUCAAUUGAUAUAGUACUGUAAAUGGAGAUGGAGAGUUCUCGUAGACCACAGUUUGAUAGAUCGAGAGAUUUGAUUGCAAAAAAGCCGCGAUUAACAGAGGAAUCAGCAGCGCUUAGUGGCAGACAAUUUCAGCAGCCUUUGCCCCAACAAAGAUCAGUGAUUGGUUCUGGUUCGGGUGCGUCUCGAUUUCGGACUAAUACCAAUGAAAGAGAUAGAGAUUCGGAUGAUUCGAGUCGUGAUUCAAGUCGAGGGUCUUUACAGCAGUUUCAGCAGCAUCAGGAGCUGGUCAACCAGUAUAAGAAUGCUUUAGCUGAACUAACAUUCAAUUCAAAGCCAAUUAUUACGAAUUUGACAAUUAUUGCGGGGGAGAAUUUGCAGGCUGCCAAGGCCAUUGCGGCCACCAUUUGUGCUAACAUUAUUGAGGUUCCUCGUGACCAGAAGCUGCCGUCUCUUUAUCUGUUGGAUAGCAUUGUGAAGAAUAUUGGUAGAGAUUACAUCAAGCAUUUUGCAGCAAGAUUACCUGAGGUUUUUUGCAAGGCAUACAGGCUAGUUGAUCCUUCAAUACAUGCUGGUAUGCGACAUCUUUUUGGGACCUGGAAAGGUGUUUUUCCUGCUCAGUCAUUGCAAAUUAUUGAGAAGGAACUCGGGUUCCCAACAUCUGCCAAUGGUCCCUCAUCUGGGACUAUUAUGUCUAAGUCUGAUUCACAGUCUCAGCGUCAGUCACAUAGUAUUCAUGUGAAUCCCAAAUACUUGGAAGCAAGACAGCGUCUUCAGCAGUCUAGUAAGAUGAAAAGUACAGAUGCUGGUCUCACAGAUGUUGAUUAUACGGAAGAUGUGGAGAAGCCAGAUAGAACUACAGGUGUAGGAACGGAAAGGUCGUGGAUGAAUCCUUCUUUGAAGUUGCAUAAUAUUCGUCCACAAAGGGAACCACUGAGAGAAGACGGUUUACAUAAGGAGGGAGGUGUGUCAUAUGGAGAUUAUGAGUUUGUGCCUGGACUUUCAAGACCUGUAGGCACCUCAGGUGCUAAACCUAGUGAGAGGAUUAUUGGGCAAAGAAGACUUGGUGAUGACAGUGAGGGGGAAGAGUCAAUUUCUGUCCAAAGGAAUGGAUAUGAUAUUAAGCGUGGGAUUCCAAACUAUGUGGCAAGUAGUAUUCCUUCUUUGCAGAAUCAGCCAAGAAAUGUUGCUGUGAUGUCUAGGAGCUGGCGGAACUCUGAAGAAGAGGAGUACAUGUGGGAUGAUUUGGGAACAAAGGCAACAGAUCCCGGAGCUACAGCUAUCACAAAGAAAGAAAUUUGGUCUGAUGAUUUAGAGAGAGUGGAACUAGGUAGCCACCUUCCUAAAUGGCAAAGCCAGACUGAAGUCAGGUCCAACAUUGAGAGAGAACUUUCUGUCGAUACUCUCUCAUCUGAACAGAAAGAACAAGUGCCAUUUGGACUUUUGAGGUCUUCUCUUCCAUCUCCAGCUGGUGGCUCUAGUUAUAAAUUCCCAACUUCUGUUUCAGCAUCUACCGUUCGUCAUCCUUCUCCUGGGAAAUCUGUUGUAAACCAGCCUCUACCUUCUCCAUCUAUAUCGAAAAGGGAUCCUCGUCAAAAUCUCAUUGAGAAGGAACAUAUGAGAUCUCAUCCCUUCAAUCGAUCUGAUCCCAGGUUAGCUUCACUCCCAGGGCAGUUAAGCACAGGGGUUCGUGAUAAAGGUUUUCAGGACACUAUACUUGCUCAGAAUCAGAAUCUUAAUUUGCCAAAAUCUCAAGGAAAGGCUUUGCAGAAACCACCUUCACCUUCUUUUCCGCAAAGUCAUAUCUCUUCGUCUGAGCAGCUCUCUAAUUCAGAGACUGAGCUUUCAGGUGUUUCUCAGAAAGCUCAGCAGCUGCUUGGUUCCUCUUUGAAGGGAAUUACUUCAUUAGAUAGUCCAAAUCCCAUUACUGGUAAUCUGCAAGGUCAGUCGAAUGUGAGCAGUUUAUUGGCUGCUGUUAUGAAAAGCGGGCUUCUUGCUGGUAAUUCUGUUCCGGAACAGAUUGGGGUUCAAUCUCCUUCGACUACUUUAAUUUCAUCAGGUCCUAGUGAUUCAACAGCUACUAUCUCUCAGAGUAAAGUAGAAAAGCCCACUUUGGUGCCUCAUGUCUCUUCUCCUAUGAGCAAUUCAUUGGCACCAACACUGAAUGCUGCGGCUGCCAAGUCAAACCCACUUUCAAUCUUGAGCACAUUGUUAUCAAAGGGGUUGAUAACUGCACCAAAAACUGAAGCUGCUCCUUCUGUUUCUGCGAAAUCCGAGGAUCAGCUACUAGAGCAAAGCCCGACUGUUGAAACUACAACUAUUGUUACAGAUUCAUCAGUUUCUGUAGCGUCUGAUGCUUUACCUGAAUCAUCUACUAAGAUGAUUUCUUCCUUGGAUUCUAAAGGAAAGACAUUAAAGACGGUUGAAAGUACAAAAGAAGAAGUUGAAGAUCUCAUAGGAUUUGAAUUUAGGCCGCGUGUACUGCGGGAUUUGCAUCCUGCUGUGAUUGAUAAACUCUCUGAUAAUCUGCCACAUAGGUGCACUGAAUGUGGUCUUCAUUUUAAAUUGCAAGAAAGGCUAGCUAGACAUUCAGAGUGGCAUGCUUUAAAAAAUUCGAUACGAAAUUGCUUGAAUAAGCCAACCAGGAGAUGGUAUUCAACGUCUUCUGACUGGAUUUCUGGGAAGGUUGGAUUUCCUUUUGGCUACAGCUCUGCCUGUAUCAUGGAUGAUACCAGUGAGACGAGAGAAGAGAAUGAGAAAAUGGUUCCUGCAGAUGAAAGUCAAUGUGUAUGUCUUUUAUGUGGUGAAGUUUUUGAAGAUUUCUAUAGUCAAGAAAGGAAUGAGUGGAUGUUCAAAGGAGUGGUUUACUUUUCUACAACAUCCGAAAGUACGGGAGCAGGAUCUUGCAGUGACAGCAGCUCACAUAAUUUGAUUGUGCAUGCCAACUGUAUGUCAGGCUACUCGGGUCAUGACUUGAGAAUUAUAAGGGGUAUUAAAAAGGAAAAGGAUACAUGAUUUAGCGAGAGAAUAUUACCCACACAAACUACUGGAAAUCCUGCUGGGCUGAGAUUGAGGCAGCCGUUAUGGUUUCUCGAAGCCGGUGCUACUUCUUAGUGUCCUUUGCUCAAUGUAUCUUCAUUCUGUAUUAUUGCAGAGGAAACUAGAGGUCAUUCGAUACAGGGCUUGUUAGACCUUCUACUGCCUUGCCCCUCUGCAUAUUUUUUGGUUGAGAGUUCUAUAAUAGUAAAAUUGAAGUUAGAUUGCAUCUCAUCAAUUUGGAUUGACUUAUUCGCUAGGAUAUUUCGGCACGGAUGAAGUGAAUGAAUUUGCUAUCUUGAGUACCGGCCACAGAGUCGUGCACUUGCAAAGCUAUUAGAAGGCAUCUUCUCUGCACCGUUCAAGGGAGCUUGCGUGAAACAUUUCAGUCGUUGAUGAGCUAAAUUUUGCCAGCAUGCCCCUGAGGUCCUCCGGCCCUGAAGUUUUUAUUUUUCGAUUUUUUGUUUUUGUUUUCCGUUCUUUCCUUUUAGGGGUGUUGGGAAUUGGGGGAUGGUUUGCUGUUGGUUUGGCAUCUCAGUAUGUUUUGUAUUCCGAGCUUUAAAGAGGAUUUUCUUCUGGAUAGUGUAGGCUACUCUUUUGUAGAACUACUUAACAAUGGGUCUCGGUUCUCAUAUCCCCUUAAAAGGGUGAAAAAAAGAUAGAAAUGCAAAAUAAAAAAAUUAAAAAAUUAAAAAAAAAAUUAAAAAAAAGCUAAAAGAGAAGUGGAGAAAAAAGCUCCUUGACUUAAGAGAUGAAAUUUGCUUAUUGAUGAAUGC